CAGUGCGGGACCGCGGCUCCGGUGACGUCAGUGUCUGUGUACUUCCGACUACUUGUUGCUCUCGGAUACCCAAUUGUUGCUUCCGCCGAUAGCCGGUGGUUCAAAUACAAAUAAAUACGUCGAAAAGAACGGAGAAAUGUCUGACAUGGAUAUUGUGGGCAUUGCUGAGGAGGAGGAUGACAUGCUGAAUGACCGGUCUUCCGUGAACACUCAGACGUACAGUAAACCAGAACACGCGGUGAAUGGCGGUGGUCGAUUACGAAACAUGACAGAACUGCCUCAGAGGAAGAUGGUGGAUAUAACAAGAGACAAACCUAUCAAAGUGACCAUCAGAGUUGUCGUUCCUGUGCGGGAUCAUCCAAAGUUCAACUUUGUGGGGAAGUUGCUAGGGCCUAAAGGAAACUCGCUGAAGCGACUACAAGAGGACACGAUGACCAAAAUGGCCAUCCUGGGAAGAGGUUCUAUGAGAGACAGGCAUAAAGAGGAAGAGCUUCGAAACUCCGGAGAUCCGAAGUUCUCGCACCUCUCUGACGAGCUCCACGUGGAGGUGACAGCGUUCGCUCCACCUGCGGAGGCACACGCUCGCAUCGCGUACGCUCUGGCCGAAGUGCGGAGAUUCCUAGUCCCUGAUUACAACGAUGAGAUCCGGCAAGAGCAGAUGUGGGAGAUGCAGAUCCUGAACACCGGCAAGACUGAGGUGCAGAGUGACGGCAGUGAGACGGUGGGCGACAGCACGGGCUCCUCACAAGGCAGUAUGUCCCCCCAGGAGCAGUCGACGUCACCACCGCCCUCGGCGGCCCAGCACCCCGCGCUGCGUGGAGUCUCCAAACCUACCAACAACUCAGCAGGAGGUGUGACGAGCACAGGAGGACGCAAGAGGCCUCUCCUGCCCGGGGGCGGGACCAGAGUAGCGAUGUCACCCACCAAGCGAACAGUUCUCUCUAUCUUGGCCAGAGCUCGUGCCGCUCAAGCCAAGGAACUGCUUUCUACACCCUAUCAGCCCUUGGCACAUAUCGCCAGCGUGAGGCCGCUGACCGCCAUCCCUGGUCUGCGGGAGGACACCAUUCUGACAGGAGCAAACCUGAUCCUCAACUAAUCCUUCGCCGUUCUCACCCGAGGCUUCCUCCUCCUGCAGCUCUCUGUCAUCUACAUCACAAGUUUUUACGUGCAGACCCAACAUCCGGUAGCUGUAAGAUCCCGUUUCUUGUAAAUAAUAUGUUUAUGAAGUGUUGAAUAUUCGAGCAUUAAGCCCCAUGGAACUGCUGUACAUCGACUUAACCCCGGGUCCCUUUGUAACUGGAUGAUUUUAUAACCACUGAACAAACUUGACGGGAGGAACCCCUCCCUGGACCAACUAAGUGUAUGUAUCGCUGUACUUACUAAAGGUGUACUACCUGUAGGUGUUGUGAUGACUGUCCCCACACCGCCACUAGCACACCGUCAAUAAACCUUAGCACAAUCUCUCACGUCAAUCAUCCGAAUUAAACUUCAGUGUAUUAUAAUUCCAUUACAACUUAAACGUGUCACUACUACAAUUAAACUUUUUUAUUGCCUUUUACUAGUUUUUUUGCAUUUAUUUCUUUACUCGUAACGGUUUUGUUAAUUUCAUGACAGUUAAUGUUUGAGAUGUUUUCUCAUUUAUAUGUACAAAAUUAGUUCAUACAUCUACGCUAGCUGGUAAUUUCAUUGAAAAAAAAGCAUACAAGUGUAUGGUUUUAAAAAGCUGUACAAAGUAUGAUUUGUUGGUUGCGGUAGAUAUUUUUAUUUUGGCAAAAAUACAAUAUAAUUUUGCUAAGGGUGUAUUAUUAAUUCCUUUCUAACAGUAUAACAGUUACAUAAUUUGUAAAAUUCGGUUUCUUUACGUACUUAUAAAACUAUUCUCUAGUGUUAAGUUUGUGCGAUCUCUUCGUAAUUGUAAUUUUAGUGCUCACUUACAAUAAUAUGGUCAUGAUAUAUUAGUGGUUCUGGAUAUUCAGUGUUAGUGAUUAAAAUCGAAUAAACUGUAUGUACGCAUAUGCUUUAAAUCUGUGUAACACUUAACUACUUCUUUAUAAAAAACACUUGCUAAAUUACUGCCACCUUAAAGGCCAACACUGUUUGGGUUUAAAAUGGAGGCGGCCAAGCGGACCUAGUAAAUUAAACAUAUUUUUAUGUAAUACCUCACAUUAAUAUCAGUCUAGCAUAAAUAACGAACCGUAACUCAACAUCACCUAAACGAAUAAACUAAUAAAGUUGUUUUUGAAGCAAUAAUAUUGUGAAAUUUACAUAGAAGUAGUUACCACAACGUUUUACUGUACAGAUUUUAAGAAAGAGAUUACUAUAUUAUAUAUACACUUUUAUAUUUGUAUGGUAUGGAGAUUUUAUACUGAUCUUGUUUAUGAAACAUGGGUAUCACACUAGUUUAUGUCAAUAGUAACGUUUAAGUCGCAUUAAAAUUAUAAAAUAUUAACAGUGAAAUAAAAAAAUUAUUGGUUUUGAAACAAAAGUAAUUAACAUGUAUAUUGGUUUAACGAAAAUCAUUGUAAUUAUCGGGAUGAAUUCUUGAAGGGAAAAGAAUUUCAUUAUUGCCGAGCACAACCAAAGACUGUACCGUAACUUGCAUGUUGGCCUAUUCAAACAACGAUACGUUUUCUUGUUAAGUAACUCUCUUACGAUCCGACGCUUUUUUCUGAAACAUAUACAACCAUACUUCAAUUAAUAUAUAUUACGAUAAACAUAGGAUGACUAAGUAUGUGCAAUUUUUCGAAAUCUGUUCAUGCGUUAGAAGAACGCUCUACCGAUGUUAUUGAGUGUUAUUGUGUAAUAUUAGGUAAGUUAUUGAUGUGUUAUUUGAGUUUUUCGGUUCGUGUAUCACUGGGCUUGCUAUGAGAUCGCUAUUGGCUUCUAUACACAAUGUAAAUUGUUACAACUAACGUCAUACCGUAAAUAUAUAUAGUAUUUUGUAAUGUAAUAACAGUAUUGCACUUGUAGCAAAUAAAAGCGUCACUGUAAAGAAUACGGGGAACUUUAUUAGAUACUUUUGCUCACUAUCAAAGUAUUAGCGAAUAACGAUCUCGAGACUGACGUGGUAUGGUAAUGUAUAUGUUUUUUAUACAACACUCGCACCUUCAAAUUCCUAUCGAUGUUCUACCAAGUGGAAUAAAAUAUAUUAUAUUGUACGAUA